AUGGACAUUUGCAGUGGUGGAGCCGGAAAGGUAAAAGCAGCCGAUUCCGAUCAGAUUGCUCGGCUGCAAGAGCUCUGCGCCCAACGUGCUGUGCGGUUGAAAGAGGCGCAGGUCCGCGAGCAGCUUGCGCAUGCCCGGGUGGAAGCAGAGCGGGAGGUUUGCACAGAGCGAUGGUCCGGGCUUCGAAUCGUCGACCGCCUUGUUCGCCAGGACAAGUGGGACGCCUCCAUGAAGGGCAAGGAACUGGUUCAUCUUCGACAUCUCGCCAAACUGCUCACCAAGGACAGAGACAAGGUGGUCAUCGCCGUCCUGGCCGCUGCCCCGCGGAAGCCCACGAAGAAUGCCCAGGGCGAGCAAGUCAUGGAGCGUCUGACCUCAGUUGUUGCGGCAAUGUAUCUGGACUUGGCGAGGUAUGGCUUCAUCCAGUUCAUCCAGAGUGACGCCGCGGAGAGGGAGGUUUUUUUUCACUUCUCCGAGCUUUUUCCUUCAAGGGAAGACGUGGCCGAAGGGACCGCAGUAGCCUUUGACAUUGAGGAGAAUCCCUGGAGUGGAAGGAUCAAAGCUGUAAAUGUCACCGUGGAAGAGCCGUGGCAAGGCUGGCGUGCAGAAUUCAGAGAGGUGAAUGAGCCGUCCCCUUGGGGUGAGGAAGCCUCUGCAAGUGAGGAGAGGGGCCAAUGGCCCAGCUGGGAGUUAGGUCCUUCUGGAUGGGCUUCUGCCUCUGCUAGGGAGUGGACACCAGCGGACGGAAGCGCACGCGAGUGGAACGAUGGGUCUUCGCAAGGCUUCGCCACGGAGCUUCGGGCGUGGCUGUGCGGCCUCGAUCAUGGCAACGGGGAGAUGCUGCGGUUUGAAAAAGCGAUUUCCCGGCACUACGACAGCUGGGAAGCAUUGCUGAAGGGCUCCAUCCAGGACGCCGAUGCACAGCCAGUGUUGCUGAAGGAGGACUUCCACUACAAGAUCGGGCUCAUGGAGACCGGCCACACCGUCCGAAUGGCCGCGGGCCUGCGAGAGGUGUUGGACAACGCCCCGAGCAAGAGCCAGGAAGCACAGCCAGAGACAGCGCUUCAGCCAGACUUUGGCAGAGCGGCCCAGCCACAGACCGAGGACUGUGACACAGACAGUGGGACAGAAGAUGAAUCCAAUGAAGGCUGCAUCCUCAUCUUCGUUUGCAUCAUGGCUCGGGGCGUUGAGUUGAGCUUGAGCAUGCCUCCAGCUAGUACCGUCGGGGAGGUCCUGGCCAAGUUGGAGGAGCUCGAGGGAGUAGAGCAUGGCACCCAGCACUUGUUCUCACUGUCGCAGGCGAGGAAGCUCGAGCCCCAGGAGGUCGUGGCCGGUGGCGCCCAGCUCUUUCUGUCGAGCCCCGAAGAUGAGCGUAUGCUGUCGCUGCUUCCGGAGCACAUCCGGCCCCACCUGAACCCGGCGUCUCUGGUGGACGUGGUGCUUGACUUGGACCGGAAGCCGGUCGUCCACGAGCGAGACGAGCAGGGAAAGCUGUACAAGCGCGUCCUCGAUGCCUGCCCACUUGUACAGCAAGACGACUUAGAUGCCGCGGAAGCUCACGAACUGCUCGCCGGACGUUGGACCAAGGAUAACCGCUCUGGCAUCUCGGGCACUCUCCACAGGGUGGCCCGCAUCGUGGAUCAUUACGGUGGACGAAGUCUGACUGGCUUGACGCUUCGCAUGGCACAUCCCAUGUAUGGCCUCGCAGAGAAAGUGCCACAUCUGCGCAGGGUCAUCGAGAAUGGAAAGUCGCUGCUGGUCCUCGGUCCCCCCGGCUGUGGCAAGACGACCCUCCUGCGCGAGGUGGCACGCUCCCUUAGUGAAGAGUUCAAUCGUCGUGUUUUUGUCGUCGACACCUCGAGCGAGAUCUGUGGCUUCGGCAGGAGCGCGCAUGUUGCGGUUGGCCGAACGACGCGAAGGAUGCAAGUGGCGGACAGGAGCCUCCAGCACCAGGACAUGCUGGAAGCAGUGCAGAAUCAUACGCCAGAGGUGCUGGUCAUUGACGAGAUUGGGAGCCAGGACGAAGUUGAGGCAGCUUGCCGCAUCGGUUUCAAAGGCAUCGCUCUGGUCGCCACGGCGCAUGCAAACAAUUUGAAAGAGGCCAUUGACAAUGUGGCUCUGCAGUCCUUGUUCGGUGGUUUUCAGACCAGCACAGUGUCAGACCAAACUGCCCAGCGUUCCGCCGACGGACGUAAGUUUGUGGAGCAGCGCCGCAGUGCACCGGUCUUCAAGAGCCUGGUCGAACUUGGCCGCGGAUCCGGCGACGAGUGGGUUGUUUACGAAGAUUUGGAGGGUGCCAUCGAUCUGAUCCUCGCAAGGAAGCCCGCUCAAGGGUCCCGGGUGCCUGCGCCCAGCACCCGCGGGCGGAUGGCAAAGCCAACGUCAGGCCAUCGAGGUGGCAGAGAGCUCAGAGCGUCGCAAGAGCCCACGUUCAGAGCUCCCGGGGCCGACGAGACGUGGGACAAUUUUUGGAGCCGGGGCGGCCGGCUGGAGGAGUUGACGCCUCGCACUCCCGAAGGUGGUGCAAGGAUUGCACCGGAUGAGCUGGAGGCCCGGAGAGCCAUGCGAGAUCGAGAGAUCUCAGGCCGAGCCUACCGUUUGUGCUUCGACGGCGGCGUGGAUGGUGGCGACAAAGGACCUGGUGGUGCAGGAGCUAUCCUCCGUCGGCUCCGGGCCGGAACGGGCCAUCCGGAUCGGCGGACUGGGAAGACUUGGAUGCUGUACCAUCCGAAAUCCUCUCCGGAACUCAUGGAGUAUGCUGGCUUGCUGCUGGGCUUGCGUGGCGUCUCGCAGAUUUUGCACACCUUGAAGCCGGCUCCGGAGGCGAUCCUGAUCGAAGGCGAUUGCAAGCUUGUGGUCGACCGCCACGGUGGGAGCUCUCGUGCGGCACAAGGCUUACGCAGUGAGCACCCCGACGUCGAAGCCAAGCUGGAUGCCUUGGCAAACUUGGUGGACGAGGCCAGGCAGCAACUGGAGAGGCAGAGCGUGACGCUCGACGUGGUGAGGUGGCGCAACCGGGGCCGGAACAAAGCAGCCGACCGGCUCUCGCACGAAGCGCGAGCGAAGCGCCAGAGCACCCUCGAGCUGGGCCCCGACAUUUUGGCACUUCUGAGAGCCUUUGAGGUCGGCCAGGUCCCAACUCUCUGGCAGGUGAAGCUUGCGCAUCCCAUGCUGCGCAUCGCAGAGGGCGCCGUGACGCACCCGCGGCAACUUCUCGGGCUUGUGGGCCUCGAGCUGAAACCCGACUCAGCCGACGGAUCUUUCAGCCUUUCGGUGCGGGUGGACGGAGCUUGGGGCAAGGCGGAUUCGUUUUCGCUUGGCCUCGUGCCGACGGGCAGCAUCGAUUUCACACGUGCGCAAGACUUCGUCGCCGGGGAGGUUGGCUUCUGGUUCAGCCCGAAGUCGGGCACCGUUUGCGGGAUGCUGGGCGGGCAGAAGGCUGAGUUCACACUGCCUUCCCUGAGGGGAACGCACCCGCGGUCAGCCAGUGACAAGAAGAAAGCGACUCUUCUGAACGGUGCCAGGUGGGGCAUGACGUACAGGCGAGGAGGCCUUGAACUGUUCAUGGCGAUGCCGGAUGAUGAGCUGCAGUCCCUAGGGCGCGUGCAGUGGCCCUGGGGCGAAGUGCUGCCGCACCGUGCAUACUCGUUUGCAGUGCUCUUCAAGCCUAGGCGGGGUGGCUCUGGCUCUGUUGGGUGGCCCAGCGGCGCCACCCAGCAAGGACUAGGUCCUUCACAUAUGAAGACAGCAAGCAACUGGAGUAGUGAUGCUUACCUGACGCUUCUGGGGGAUGGCCUUGGCACCUUUUUUUCGAAGAAGGCUUCCUGGACGCUGCAGGGUUUUCAUCCAGAGCUCGACUUCCUGUACCGUGUGCCAGAGGGAGAAGCUUUGCAUAUGCGGUGCUGUAGGAAGUGCUUGUCACUGCACAGCCGGGACAUGGACACCGAAAACUUCCUCCGCGGCUUGGGAGACGAAGAGCUUGCGGUCUGGCUCAGAUGGAGGAAAGUCCAAGUGCUGUCUACCAGGGACCUUGUGCUUGGAAAUGUCAGUCCAGGAGUUCAGAUCAUCGGCAAGGACAUCCUUUUCCCGCAGACCUUGUUCGGAUGCGAGGGUGUGCAGUUUCCAGCUGAAACCAGGCGCCUCGCUGUGAAGCAAAGGGGACAGUGGACAAACAGAGAGAGCUUCCUGCUUGGCAUCACUCCUGAGGGGUGUAGCUUUGGAGGUGCAACCAUAGCUGAGAUGGGCUUUUUCUUUUCGCCGCGCAGUCUCAGCUUGAUCGGCUUGGAUGGCACCAAUUUCUCUUGGCCAGACACCCUGGAAGAGGUGUGGUGCCAGCAGCUUGCAGAGAAAUGCCAGGCGAGCCUUCCAGAGGUUGAUGGUAGCCUGCCUCUUGAAUACCGAGAAGAUGCUUGCUGGUGCAUCGAAAGAACCGAUAACAAUGAACUUGCCAUCUUUUACAAGCCAGCUUACACCGUCAGAGGUGUCGAAGCAAAUGAGUGGGUUCAGCUGGGCGUGGCGCCUUGGAAGACGGCGACUCUGAACCAAUGGAGGCAAUGGCAUUUCACGAUUGUGUUCAAGGCUGCGACAUCACUCCAUCAGGGCAGGGUGACCGCGGCCCAAAAUCCUCAUGAAGCAAAAAGAGAACAUCCUGCGGAUAAUCGUGGCCCCUUUCUUGGCCACGAAUGUGGCGAAAGAUCACAGGCCACACGUCGUGGUAGCGAACGCCCUCGUGUCGAGAUGUUGCUUGAGCAGGAUUUGACCGGCGAUCUCUUCGGUGGCGCCCCUUCUGUCAGAAAGGAUGCCAACACAUUCCAUUACCGGUGGGACGGUCCCCAACCGCUCGUGCAGCGACUCCGGGCUGCUACCAGGGACUCUCGACCAAGGCGGACUCCCGAUGCCCCGCACGUUGCAUUUCCGCAUGUGUGG